GUAAAAAUCUCUUACCGCUUAAAUGAGCGUUAUUACAUAUAUUCUAGAAAGUAGAUACAGACCGUUUAAAUUUCUGAGUGGGUAGAAACCCCAAGGUUUCUGAUAGAACUGAAACAUUUUGGGGUCUUGUUUCCAGAAUAUUCUUUUACUUAGUAAACACAUUUAGGGAAGUAGAAAAUUUAGAGACAGCUCUUUUUAAGAGCUGCAGCCUAUUACAAAAAAGUAUGAAAAGCUACAUAGAGAUAAGGAAUGUAAAGAAGUUUGGAGAUAUCAAAACAUUUGGAAUAGAAAGAGCUCGUGAAGGCUGGAGAGUUAACGUCUUUGCUGAUUGUUGCUGUGUGCAAUGCAAGUCCAAAAUACAAGAUCUUUUUUUACAACACAGGCUAAAAAUCUAGUUUUUAUGUGAUUAAAUUUUUGUAAUAUAAUUGACAAGCAGUUGAGUUAGCAUGCACCUUCUCUGGGCCAGAUAUAAUUGGUUGUGAUCUGUGCAAAUUAUUCCUUAGAUCAGAAUUCAGAAAUAGAAGAAGUUUGGAAAUGGGGUGCAAGGAAAAUGUUUUGAGGGACCUCUGUGAUCCCUGCUAGGAAAUUUGGAGUAUACAUUAGAAUCAGCUGGAAGACAUCAUCAGACAUCAGUGUCUGAUUCAGGUCUGUAGUGAGGCCUGAGAAUACACGGAGUUUCCCAUCCUGGGGUGUGGGCAACUCUGAGUUGAACAGUACAGUGGUCACGUUUAUAUUUUGAGAUGAAGCCCAGAAGUCCCAGCGGAGGACUGUGAACUAGGUAGAAAAGGGGUAAUGUUCUUAGAGUUCAUUUGCACCUGUUUGAUGCCAGGUCCUCUGCCAAGCUGGCUCCUAACCACUCACUCACAUGCACUAUUGCCUGCAUGUACAGUAGGUUUGGACUUGGAAAAAUUAAAAGUAUGAGCGGUUGCCCAGGCACCAGAGAUGGUGGCAGAUUCCAGCUAGUGUAGUAGCGGUGAGGGUGAGGGAAAACAUUUAGUGGUGAUAGAAUUUACAAAAAUUCGAGAUCCCUCUCCCCACAGAUUUUAACCUAGAAGUCAACAUUGGAAAUGUGUCUUACUAGCAAUAGGAUGAAAGGUAGAGAACUUAAGAAAGUUCCUGUCCAAAUAUGUGAGGUGUUCUGUACUACUCUUGCACAAUAAUAGCUUAUUUAAAACCUAUUUAACACUCUCUUUAAAAGUCAUUCUACACUACAAAAAUGCCUUGGAACUAUUUGAAAAGGAGAGAGUGUUGCCUCCUAUAGAGGAUAAGCCGCAUUCAACAACUUCACUUCCAAUCAAGUGAUGAGCAUUGAGAAUGGAAAUGGAUGGGAUAACUCUGCCUUGCCUGUAUGAACUGUGCUGCAUUGCAGACACUGACCUAAUUAUUGAUUUUGGAAAUUCUGUAUGCUUUUUCUUGCCGGUGUUGUUACUGAAAUUAAGAAUGUUCAUUGGAUCAAUUUCAAGAUAAAUAUUCUGUCAGAGUGGCUGCUGCUGAACAUUUUUUUUUCUUUUUGUGUGACAGGGUCUUGCUGAGUAUCUCUGGCUGUGCUCAAACUUACUUAAGUAGGCCAAUCUGGCCUUGAACUCUUGAGCCUUCUACAUUUACCUCCCCGUCUGCUGGGAUUUGGGGAAUGGACCACUAUACCCAGCAUUGAGCUAAUUUUUAAUGAAAAAAAUCUAUAAAUUGAAAUAAGACUUUAAAAAAAUCAUUAAAUGCAAAUUUACCAUAAAAUUUAGAAAAAUAGAUACAGUAAAAGCAUCGAUCCAGUUGAGUAAUCAAUGUAAUGGUUUCAUGGACCCACACAAGAUUAUUAUGCAUGUUCGUUUCUGCUGUGAGCUGUGAACUGCUGUAGAUAAGAGGAUAGCUCAUGGCCAGCAGAAGACUGCAGUGCAAUGGGAGGUACACCGUCAGAGAAUUGUGCCCAGUCCAUGAUGACAGGAGGGCAGGGACUAAAGCGAGGAGGCAUGAGGCUGGGGAACUCUACAGACAAGACACCCGAGGUCCUGAAGGCCAAGGAGGAAUUUGUGAGAUGGUGAAGAAGUUCAUCCCAGCCGGAGAGAAUGCCGUGGAUGACAACCACAGUGUAGAAAAAGGGAGGCCACAAGUCACAUUAAGUCAGACGCAUCCAGGUUUCCUCUGGGCACAUGCACAAUGAGCAUUCCAGCGCUGCUGCUGCGUCCUCCCCAGCCUCUGCUGAGAGGCCUUUUCACAGGGUCUUUCCAUCGCCACCACUGCGUCUCGCACUCAAGUACUCCUCGCGGACGGGGACUCUCAUGUGCCCGGCCAUUGAAGUCUCUUGGAUUCCAGUAUACAAAGCAGAUGCUGCCGUCCAAUAGUUUAAGGAGAGAAUUCUGUACACAAACGACCUUGAAAGACUACACGGAGGAGCUUUCUGAUAAAGAACAAAGACUUGUGGAUAGACUUUAUACUGGUCUAAUACAAAGGCAAAGGGCUUGCUUAGCAGAGUCCAUAACUCUCAUAGAAUCGACUCACCACAGGAAAAAGGACUUAGCCCAGGUGCUUUUGCAGAAGGUUUUAGUCUACCAUCGAGAACAGGAACAGUUAAAUCAAGGAAAGCCACUAGCGUUUCGAGUAGGAUUGUCUGGACCCCCUGGUGCUGGAAAAUCAACAUUUAUUGAGUAUUUUGGAAAAAUGCUCACUGAGAGAGGGCACAAGUUGUCUGUGCUAGCUGUGGACCCUUCCUCUUUCACUAGCGGUGGAUCCCUGUUAGGUGAUAAAACACGGAUGGUUGAGCUAUCAAAAGACUUGAACGCAUACAUCAGACCAUCUCCUACCAGAGGGACCUUAGGCGGCGUGACAAGAACCACAAAUGAAGCUAUCCUGUUGUGUGAAGGGGGCGGGUAUGACAUCAUUCUCAUCGAAACUGUAGGUGUGGGUCAGUCAGAGUUUGCUGUUGCUGACAUGGUUGACAUGUUUGUUUUACUACUGCCACCAGCAGGAGGGGAUGAAUUGCAGGGAAUCAAAAGGGGUAUAGUUGAGAUGGCAGACCUGGUAGCUGUAACUAAAUCUGAUGGAGACUUUGUUGUGCCAGCACGAAGAAUUCAAGCAGAGUAUGUGAGUGCACUAAAAUUACUCCGCAAGCGCUCAGAAGUCUGGAGCCCGCAGGUAGUUCGUAUUUCUGCCAAAACUGGAGAGGGCAUUGCUGAAAUGUGGGAUAAAAUGAGAGACUUCCAGAACGUGAUGCUUGCCAGCGGGGAGCUCACUGCCAAACGAAGGAGGCAGCAGAAAGUUUGGAUGUGGAAUCUCAUUCAGGACAACGUGCUAGAACACUUCAGGGCCCACCCCACUGUCCGAGAACAGAUUCCGCUUCUGGAAAGUAAAGUUCUCAGUGGGGCCUUGCCCCCAGGACUAGCAGCAGACUUGUUGUUGAAAACUUUUCAAAAAAGAAACUAAUAAAAAUCUAUCCUGUUCAAUCA